UAUAAGCAUGUCUACCACGAUAGCUGCGAUACGACGGCGCAAUGGCUCCAAGCAUGAUAGAAUGGGUUGCUUGACCUGCCGCCACAGGUUGUGUCCAUCCCAGCCCAGUAUAACUACUCCUAUUAUUAACUCGUCGCAGACGCAAGAAGUGUACACCGAAUACUUUCCCCAUUUGCGGCGCAUGUCAACGUUUAAACCUCGAAUGUGUUCGCGAAGCUCCCCGGCAACUGUUGCCUUUCCGGGGAUCUAUAGUCCAGGCGGGGAGCCAGGAUGCAGUCUACGAUCUACCAUCUGCCUCCGUCCCUGACUAUGUUAAGACCAAGUCCCCCUUCUUGCAGAUAUCAGAUGGUGCCGAGUCC